AUGGACGCCGAACACCAGGUAAAGGUUGCGGGGCCCUCGGCGCCCGCAGAUACGGAGACGGAAGCCGACUUUGCCUCCCCCGAUGUCCCUCUUUCGAUGCAGCACGACUCAAUGGUCACAGUACGAUUAUCGGAGCCCCCAGCUUUGACGGUCGAUACUCGUUCCAGUAUACUCGGCUCAACCAAGCUUAAAAGAGGGUCUGCUGCACCCGAAGAAGAUGCUCGGAACCAGGAUACCGCGAGACAGGAUACGUCGGAUAUAAUACCAGAGGAUGAGGAGGAGGAAAUGCAAACACAGGAGGGUUCGCCCACUAUUAUAGCGAUGGACCCAAAUGGGAAUGAGGUGCCGAGCGAAAAUGGCUCAGAAAACGACCCAGAAAAUAGAGAUUCGCAGAGCGGCAGUGAUACUUCUGAGACCGCAGAAAAUGGGGAGGUCAAUUGGGAGGAGCUUGAGAGGAGCGAGGAGAAGGAGCCUCGAAAUGAAGCCUCGGAAGAUUCUACGGCCUUGCUGCUAGCUAGACUUGAGCAGGAAAACAACCUCUUAGCCACGAAUCCAAAAUCUGGCAUUGCCAAAACCCAAGCGGUCGAGAUACGAAACCGAAGCCAAUCCAGACCGCCUUCCAUACAGCAUUUAAAAAAGCUGGUAAAUGGCCCGACUCCACUAUCCCUACGAUACUCCAUGAUACCUGCCCCUCCUAUGACGGAUCUAGAAUUCUACGCCGCCCUGGUUCAGGAUUACACAAGGACGGCACAAUGUCUGCCUACAUUACUUUCUAAGAAGAUCAGAAGCGGUAUCCCACCGCCUCUGCGGGGAGUUGUAUGGCAGAGCAUGUCCGGCGCAAGGGACAGACUGUUGGAGGAUCAGUUCGACAGGCUUUGUGGCGAGUCGAGCCCAUACGAGGGGAUAAUUGGGAAGGAUCUCGGAAGAAGCUUCCCAGGAGUAGAGAUGUUUCGCGACCCCGAUGGAGACGGUCAGCGGAUGUUGGGGAGAGUGCUGAAAUGCUUCAGCUUGUAUGAUCAGAAGAUAGGGUAUUGUCAGGGACUGGGCUUUCUUGUUGGCCCUCUGCUUAUGCAUAUGGGUGACAAGGAAGCUUUUUGCGUGCUUGUACGCUUAAUGGAGCACUACGAUCUUCGGAGCUGCUUUCUCCCGGAUUUAUCGGGACUUCAUGUUCGCAUUCAUCAAUUCCGCGAGCUACUCAAGCAACACCUCCCCAAUCUUUCGAGCCACUUGGAUUUUCUUCAAAUUGAACCCGCAUAUGUCUCGCAAUGGUUCCUAUCAUUCUUCGCUGUCACAUGUCCCUUACCAAUGCUUUUCCGCAUAUACGAUGUUAUCUUCGCUGAAGGUGCUUCGGAGACAAUAAUGAGAGUUGCAUUAUCGCUGAUGCGAAAGAAUGAGCAGAAAAUCUUGGCUUGCACGGAAUUCGAAGAUGUUAUGCAAUUACUCCUGUCGAGAGGGCUUUGGGAUUGCUACCAUUAUAAUGCGGACGAGUUUGUCAAUGAUUUCGUCAGUCUUACGGGGGUUGUCACCCACGAUAACCUCCAGGCAUUAGAGUUGAGCUUUAAGGAAGGAGGGGCAACGGAUGCUGCAAUUCCAGCAGAAUCUGUCGGUUCGGCCGCGUCGCGCUUCCUAGGCCGUCUGUGGUUAGGAUCCAAUGCGACCAAAUCAACAAGUCUAAGUCCUAACCUCGCUGCGCCUGGUCGACCUGUAAGCUUCUUGCGAAGAUCCCCUUCUAAGCAAAGCAUUGCUUCGACAUUAAACUCGAUGGAGGGUGGUGGGGCGUCGGAUAGCAUGAUAAGCUCGUCAACGGAUGCCACCUCGGUGUUUCGUGAUUCAUCCAAUGCGGAUGCUGCAUCGCUCAGGGCGCAGUCUGUUUUGGGCAACGCUUCGAAAUCGAACAAGGAUAAGAAUCUGCAUGGCCAGAUUGAGGAUCUGUUGACGGCGCUCAGCGAGAUGCAAAGGGACCACGCUAUUCUGGCUACACAGCUCCAACGAGAGAGGGAAGAGCGGGACGAGGAUCGACAAGCAGUUAGAUCUCUUCUUGAUGGGCUAAGGAAGAAGGCCAGCUCUGAAACAGUUAAAUCCUCCAUAAGUGAUGAAAGUCUCGAGACGGUAAAAGCUGUCCCUGUGGGGGACGCCGAUGCGAUGGCCAGUGAGGAAGAGAAUGAUGAUAUCAUUCAAGAGACGGAAGUCCCAGAAGAAGACCCGACACAAGAUGUACAUGCCGCUCCGGAGCACCUUGACCUCUCUGCCUUGCUUGAUCAUGUAGAAGACCGGUUUUCUGCGCCUACGUCCAAUCGCCGAUCCUCGAUGAUGCAAUCCAAGUCUCAACUACGGGAAGAACUUGCUCGCUCGAAAGAACAGCUCAUCAUCGAGGUAUCCAAAACACAGGAGUUUAGCAGACGGAUGUCAGAGCAACAACAAGAGAUUUCCAAUCUGAAGGACCAGGUGAAAGAAGGCCAUCUAUACGCCAGAAAUGCUCAUGCAGAUAAACAGCGACUAGAGAAGCAAGUCCACGAUCUCCGGGCGAGGAAGAGUGCUGCUACAACACCGGAUGGAUCCCAAGACACCGAGAGCGAAUGGCCAUCACGCACUUCUAACGGCAAUGGGCUCCGGGGCUUCAAACUUAGCCGCACAAACUCAAAUCGCUCUAUUGCUGCUCCUACAUACAACAAGCGCACAUCAAGUCUAAUAAACCCCAAUGCUGCCCUCAACAACCAUUCCGAACACCCUAACCGCACAUCUUCCUCAUCUGACCUCGCUACGCCGCCAAAACUAGACGUCGAUGCCGACGCCCUGGUCCUCGAACUUGUGCAAGCUAAAACUGCUGAGGCUGUUGCAAAGCAAGAAGCCGAAGAGGCGAAAGCUAAGCUGGAGAGUUUGAGGAAGAUGCUGGGGCUUUCGGCUCCAGGGUCUGGGCUUGGGGAGGCUCCUUCCAUCGCGCUUCAUCGCUCGAGCCCUAGUCAGCCUAUGAUAGAACGUAGUGCUACAAUUGGGCUAGGCGGGUAUCUGAGUAAGGGACCAACGGCGAAAGUUGAGACUCCUUCCAGCGCCUCGCCAGCUGCUACGGGUGGUGGUGGGUUCUGGACUGGUUGGGGGAAGAGGACUGCCAGUGUUGCAAGUGUAAAUGAGAAGGUUACUGUUCAAGGCAGUUAA